CUAACUAGUAAAUAUGUACUGGUUAUGUUACAUUUAUUGUAUACAAUUCUUUAGAGCCUUGCUAUGCUCACUAAGAAAAACUGUACUACAGUGAAAUGCCUUAUCAAUAUUUAGUGGGGGAUCUAAUGAUGAUACACUAAUUUACCAGUAAUGGGUCAAACUGCAAGUAACGAAUCAUCCAAAAGUGGUGAUAUUCUUGAGUCCUUUACUAAACAGGAAGUUCAGCAAUUAUUUAAUGCUCGAUGUCUUUUAUUAUUUAAAAGUAUAGAGUUACAAGCUGUAGCCAGUAAAUUAAAUAUUACUAAUAUAAAGGAGAAAAGUAUUAUAACUACAAGUGAUCUUGCUUAUUUAUGUCAAUUAUCAAAUGAUAAGUCAGAACAUAAUGAUCAAAUAAGUUUUCAAUUUAAACAAGUAAUUAAUUUAUUGUAUAAUUCCUUUCAAGUCAUUGGUAAAUUCCCAUUUUUACGAGAUUAUGAUUUAGAAAAGGAUAGUGGCUUAUCAGUUGAAGAAUUAUUAGUGGCAUGUAUAUUUCAUAGUGGAAGAUAUAAGAAAAUCUUUAAUAAAGAAUUUGAUUAUAUUAAAUUAUUAUUUAUAUCAUUAGCAUUAGGAGAUCCAGAAAAUGUUAAUAAAGAAAGUAAUAAAACCAGUAAAUCUGAAUUUCUGGAACAACAAACAACAAUUGGUGAUGAAAGUGAAAUUGAAUCAUUCACUUUAGAAUUGAAUUCGUCAUUUGGAGAGGAAGAUCCUUUAAAUAUUAGAAGUAGAAAAAUUAGAUGGGAUAGUUUCAAAUUAAUUAAAACAUUCGAUGAAAUUGAUAUUGAACCAUUAACUAUUAAUGCUAAUAGUUUACUUCUACUUUUAACACUAUUUUUAAUUAUUACAUCUAUUCCAAAAAUGAAUCAUGACAAAAUGUAUGAUCAAUUGAUUUCUGGAGUUAAGGAAAGAUGGAGUGAGUAUGAACUGAAUGCAUUUGUAUUAUUGAAAUAUUUCAAGUUAAGUAUUUCUCACCAUAAUAUUAAAUCUGAAUCAAUAAAUUUUAGUGAAUUUAAACGUACAAUUGAUAACUUAUUACCAAAAUUUUUUCAUGAAGCAUUUUCUAGUUUAUUUAAGCAUGGAUUUCUUUCAUCUUUAAUAUCUCAACCCACAGGGAAACCUUCGGCAGCUGAAAUCGAAACAUCAGAAUCUGAAGAAAGUUCAACAUCCAAGUCGAAAAAAUCGAUAUCUGCCAAAUUUGUUGAAAGUCGACUUGUGAACUUGCCUUCGAUAUCCUUAAUUGGUACUAUUCUUACUAAUCAAGGUUCAAAUAUUAAUAUUUCUAAUAAAAAUUUGGUCAAGUUAUAUGCUGGUUCCGAAUCUGGAUUUUCAAUUCGAUCUUUAGAACUGAAAAUUUUUAAGUGGCAGGCUCCUACAUUAUUUAUAGUCAGUGGUAAACGGUUAAGAAAUAAAACUCUUACAAGUAAUAUGAGGUAUCAACUGUUUAAAACAGAAUAUCCUCAAUUUUUUAGAUCUUCGGAGAAUUCAUUACGAGAAUGGCAAUCAGAUCAUGAUAAAAUUACUUAUUGUGUUCUUGUACAUCAACCUUGGAGAAAUUCCAAUAAAAGAAAUUUUGGAGAUGAAGAAAGUCUUAUAUUUUCAAUACUGCCAAGAGUUGAUGUUUAUAAAAGUACUCAUAAUCCUAUUUUAAAAGGUGAACUGAUAUAUUUUAAUAAUCUUGGAUUAGGAUUAGGAUUUGGUAAUGAUCAACCAGUAAAUAAAAAUGGUGUUAAGAAAUAUUUACCCGGUGAAGUUUCUCUAACAAUAGAAGCCAAUUUAGAAUUUGCAGUAUUUAGACAUGUAUCUACACUGUCAGCUCAAUCUAUUAAUUUUUUUCACAAAUCUAAUCAAGAAAGUAUUCAAUUAACUGAUUUUGAAGAUCGAUUUAUGAUUACAGAUUUAGAAGUUUGGGGUGUUGGAUCUACCAAGGAAUUGGAAGAACAACGAAAGCAAUGGGAAUGGGAAGAGAAACAAGCUGAAGCAAGGCAAAGUGUUAAUUUAAGAAGUUUAGGUGAAGAAAGGGCAUUUUUGGAAAUGGUAGGAUUAGUAGGUAAUCAUAAUUCUACAGGAGGUUCAGUAUAAAGAUACAAUAUCAUAUAUAAGGUAUGGUAAUUAAUUAGUUUAAUUAAAAUAUAUAUGCGAUUGCUAAAAGUGAUUGCAAAAUUUAACCAAUUAUUUUUUUUUUUUGUUAGCGCGAUGAUGAGCUGCAUCGAUUUUUUUUUUUAUUUCAAAAUUCUUCACUACGUAAGUUAAGCACAAACAUUAUAGUUUACCCAGUAUAACAGCAUAAGUACAAUGGCUAAGGG